UGAAUUGUGGCUUAGAGAUCUGUCGGUUGUUCACCACAUAAAGUGGGCCAGUGUUGCCUCAUUGUAUCUUCUCCACGAUGAAUGGAUUCUUCAUCGGAGCUUAUAUAUCAAUAUAUCUGCAUGUGUUUGCUUGUGUAGCAGAAAAUCCACAGCUACUGGUAAUUGAAAGAGUUCUUGAGCAUUUCUUCAAAUGAAGCCAAGAUUUGAGCACUUCAAAUUCAGCAUUUCAAGUGUAUACAUAACCUUUAUAGCCAGCAUCUUCCUUCUCGGUGAUGCAAGAUUGUUUGUUGAACAAAGAACGAACAAACCAAUAGAACCAACAAAUGUUGAGUCAUAUAGCUUGGGUUCUUCAUAUGCUCUGCCGCCUUUAGAAUCACUACCACCGCUUGCAGAAACUCCUCCCUCUGGUUUAAGCUCACCCUUUACGCCACCGCCACCUUCUAUGCAACCUUCUCCUUCAUCCUCUAAUUUUCCGAGCAAAACCCCACCCACGUACACACCAAUACCAAGACCACCACAAUAUGGCCUUGGCCCACCAAGUAUCCCUCCUAGCCCACAUUACCAUGGGCCUAGCCCACCAAUCUAUCAACCACCAUUGGUUCACCAAGCACCCCCCAUUAUGCCGCCGCCUCCUCCUCCACCUCAUAAAAAGCCACGAUUUGCCGUAUGGUGUGUUGCAAAGCCUACAGUGCCAGAUCCAAUAAUUCAAGAAGCAUUGGACUAUGCGUGUGGAUCAGGAGCAGAUUGCAAGUCAAUUCAGCAAAACGGGCCAUGCUUCCAGCCCAAUAAUUUGGUAGCACAUGCUUCUUUCGCUUUUAAUAGUUACUGGCAGAAGACUAAGGUCGCUGGUGGGACUUGCGAUUUUGGUGGGACUGCCAUGCUUGUCACAGUUGAUCCAAGUUUCAACAACUGCCAUUUCAUCUCCAAUUGAUGAUUGAAGGCGCUUUGACAAGAUGGCAUCACUUUUUUGAGAUUUAGAUUAGUGUAUUUGGAGAGUAUGAUAAAAUCUUUUCUUUUCGAAUCUCCAUAUUAUAUAUAAAAGAAAAAAAAAUUGUAAUAAUAGCCUUUGAAGGCUUCUAUACACCUUUGGCUUUUGUGAAUUAUUAACUCAAUUAUUAUUAUUUAUAAUCCCUUUAUUCAA